AUGGCAGGCUGGACUUGGGACCCGGACUCAAACCAAUACUUUGUCUACGACGCUGAAAACGACACUCUGCGCUUCCAGAAUGGUCGGGUGGUUGCACGGCCCCAGCAUAUUCCCCGAAGCCGUUUCACUGAGGCAACUGCACGAGCUGCUGCAACGCCAUCUGCCUCAAACUAUUCCGGUCCUUCCGCCGCCGCCAGCGGUAACUAUGUGGCGACGCCCUCCAAUGCAGCCCUUGACGCUCAAACUCCACGAGCCGCCACCCGGGGUCCUGGUCAGAAUAAUGCCCCAUCAAGCCGUCAGUCGGGCGAAACGAGCGGAUCAGUAGACUCGGUCAAUCGAGACAUGGGCGCCAUGGGCGUGCGGGACCAGGAAGGCCCACCGCAGGUAUACAGGCCGAUGCCAAUUAUACCAGAAGUGAGCACAAGAAACGGCCAGCGCAUCGUGGAUGUCCAUGACCCUUCAACGCUCGUUCGUACUGUCUUCGCCAACGCUCCUGCGAAUCAGAUCACGGACCCUACGCUGCUCAGAGAGAACCCCCAAGCUCAUGCCCAGCGACGUCUUUAUGGCACGGGCGGCGAAGCCGACACCGAGCGACUCUUUGCUGAUUACCACCGGCGAGAGCAGCCCAGGAAGUUUUUUACUAUUGGAAAGGUCUUUCUUGUACUUUGGGUCGAGCCAGCUGGAGAAUCAACCACUCUCGUCACUAUGGCUGAACCUGGAACGAGUCGUGGGGCGUUUGGAGAGCGCGUCUUCUCGAAGGUGCGCAGAUUCGUUGUCGUUCGCGAGGCGGACAACUACUGCACGUGCCUCCCCAUCGUCACCAAUCGUGGACUUGGAGUAGCGAAGAGAGGUGUCACGAAGUCUGAAUACAGCAUCAUUCACACUUCAGCGGAGGUACCUCCCAUCAAGACUGCAGAACGUCCGCUGCAGGGCGAGAUGGGCAUGCGGCCACGAGCUAUCCGUGUUGACGCAGAUGAUCCAACAGACAAGCUACACGAUAUGUCGCGACUUGACUACGGAAAGGUACACACAAUCCAGCAUAACAUCAAAGUAAAGAAAUUUGGCAAGGUGCAUCCAAAGUCCAUGAAUGCGCUAGUACAUCAAUUCAGCAACGUCUGGAACAGCAAGAGAGUUCUGGCUCCAAUGGGCCCUCCCACAGAGCAGCCAGAAUCUUCCAAUGCAGCCGCGGAACGCGAAAGAGCCAAUGCGGGCGGCGCAGGCAACACCACGGGAGGGGGACCGGCAGGCAAUGCUUCUACUGCCACGCAGGAAGCGGUCACAGCAUUGAUGCGCCGAGGCAAGACCCGGGAAGAAGCAGUGGAGAUAGUCCGCCAGCGGAUCGGAGGAAGCACCAAGAGCCAAAGCAAAGGUGAUCAAGAGGACUCUGACGAUUCCGAUGAAGACGUCCCGGCUGGAAAGCGGUCAGAUCAACAGCGCAACGCUGGCAGCGCGAAUGGCGAUCGUCAAAGCCGUCGUGAAGGGCCUCAACAAACAGGCCGACAAGGCCAAGAUCGCUCCUUGCAGCCCAGUCAGUCACAACAGCGAACAGACCAGAACUCCCGGGCCCAGGCGUCUGCUCGUAUCCAAGCCUCGGCCGGAGCGCAUCAGAGCACAAGCCGUACUGCUCCAUCGGCACAGUCGACGUCGUCGCAGUCAACAUCGCAGCGAGCCAAUCAAGGCCAGUCUCAGAGACCUCCGGGGAAUACAGCGCAGCCAGCCUCUGUUCGCACAUCGUCGCCAAACACCGACCAAGCUUCAGAGCAGGCUCACCGCUUGGCUCAGGCGCGGGCAAUGAUGGCUCAUCUGCUGCAACAGGGCUAUACUCAGGAAGAUGCAGCAGAAAUUGUUGGAAGAAGAUUUGGCGGUCGAGGUCCCUGA